AUGGUUCCAUCUGAAAUACCCAAAGAAAAGAAAAAGGAAGCUGCAAAACCAGUUAUAAAGGACACAAUAGUGAAAAAGGAAGAUGAGAAGAUUAUUACAGAAGAUAUCACUAAAGAAGUGAAGAAACCAGAAGAAAAAGAGGAAAUUAUUCCACAAGAAAUACUUGAAGAAAAGGCAAAGGAAGCUGAGAAACCAGUUUCGAAAGACACAGUAGUGAAAAAGAAAGAAGAGAAAGUUGUUACAGAAGAUAUCAUUGAAGAAGUGAAAAAACCAGAAGAAAAAGAUAACACUGUUCCACAUGAAAUACCCGAAGGAAAGAUAAAGGAAGAUGAGGAACCAGUUUCAAAGGACACAGUAGUGAAAAAGGAAGAAGAGAAGAUUAUUACAGAAGAUAUCACUGCAGACGUGUUGAAACCAGAAGAAAAAGAGGUAAUUAUUCCACAAGAAAUACCUGAAGAAAAGGGAAAGGAAGCUGAGAAACCGGUUUCUAAGGACACAGUAGUGAAAGAGGAAGAAGAGAAAGUUGUUACAGAAGAUAUCACCGAAAAAGUGAAAAAACCAGAAGAAAAAGAGAAAACAGUUCCAUUUGAAAUAUCCAAAGAAAAGAUAAAGGAAGAUGCAAAACCAGUUUCGAAAGACACAGUAGUUAAAAAGCAAGAAGAGAAGGUUAUUACAGAAGAUAUCACUGAAGAAGUGAAAAAACCAGAAGAAAAAGAGAAAACAAUUUCAGAAGAAAUACUUGAAGAAAAGGCAAAGGUACCUGAGAAACCAGUUUCAAAGGACACAGUAGUGAAAGAGGAAGAAGAGAAACUUGUUACAGAAGAUAUCACUGAAGAAGUGAAGAAACCAGAAGAAAAAGAUGAAACUAUUCCACAUGAAAUACCUGAAGAAAAGGCAAAGGAAGCUGAGAAACCAGUUUCGAAAGACACAGAAGUGAAAAAGGAAGAGGAAGAGGUUAUUGUUGAAGAUAUCACUGAAAAGUCAAGAAAUCAGAAGAAAAAGAGGAAACUGCUCGACACGAAAUACCCGAUGGAAAGAUAA